AUGGCUUCUCCUUCGCAUCGCACGCGCAUCGAUCAGUUUUACGUUUCCAAGAAGAGGAAAGCUACAUCGCCAGUAUGUAAAGCUGGGAGAUCCGAAAAAGGUGCCAGGCAUGGGGCUGACGCGUCUCCGAGUGCCAAAGGCACUUUGGAUGGUUACCUGGUUGCGUCGCAGGAUGGUGGAACUGACGGGGCCACUGCUGCAAACACCGUUAAGAGAAAUUUGGCAUCAGAGAUUGAUAGUUCUCUUGACAAUGGACUUAAUAAGCACACUGUUUCAUCGGCUCAAGGGUUUGGAGAUUCUGAAUCUAGUCGACCAAGUGAAAUGGGGCAAGGUGCCGCCAAAUCAGAGCUGAAGCAGUUUGCAGCUGACUUUUUGUCUUUGUAUUGCAGUGAACUGCAUCCAAGCGUGGAUUUGAUGUCAGAGAUGAAAGUGGAUGAUCACAUGAGUCAUGGCUCCCUGGCAGAGGGUAAUUGUAGUUUACCACAGAAGAGUAACUACACUGCUGAUGAGCUGGGUUUUGGUGUUGAAAAUGUAUCAUUGAGUGUGAAGAUAGACGAGGACGUCAAGUCUGGUGUUGUUGUUAAGAAUACUAUGGGAUAUGUUCCUAGCUCUUGUACAAAGGUUUCUGGUGGUGGUCAUACUGCUGUCUUUGAGACAGGCUUUAGAAAAUGUAGUAAUACACCUAAGCCGUCUAGGAAUGUGGCUGAAUGCUACACACCAGGGUCUUUGAUAGUUAAAGCUGGGGUUAAGGAGACUCCAAAGUCAACACGUGGAAGUUCAUCAUUUUCACCUGGAGAAGCAUUUUGGAAUGAGGCAAUUCUACUUGCUGAUGGUUUGUGUCUUCCCAGUAAUGAUCCUUCUAAGGUUAUGGGGGAAAGUAAUGAGCAAGACGAACCUGAGAUGAAGAACUCAUGCAAUUUACAAAAUUAUGAUGGUAAACCAAAGAAAAUAUUGGAUCAAAGUAAAAACAGGAUUUGGAAUAGAGAAACAGGUGCUCCUUUUGGGUCAGUUGGGAUGCACACGAGAGAUUCUGUUAAAGAAGCAUCCAGCCUUCCUGUUAAACAUUUUGAUUUUUCGUUUGAGGACAACAGUUUAGAAGAAAAUACCAUGCAAAAUUGUCAUGCUGAUAAGCCGACCAAUGUUACUUGCGUGCCUGGUAAACAAUAUGAAUCAGGUCCUAUAGCAGGUGAUAUGCAUGAAAAAAUGAACGAAGUACAAGAAAAGACUGUAGUAAAUACAUUAGGUAAAAGAUUUUGUGAUGAUAAUGUUAGUAUGACAUCUAAUUCACCCCACAACGUGGUCAGGACAUCGAUUAGUGCACAUGCAACUGAUGAAGCCAGUACUCCUUCAACUAGUGUAUCACUUAAUGAUCAUUUUGACCUAAAUAGCUGGCUUCCUCCUGAAAUAUGGAGCAUAUAUAGGAAGAAAGGAAUAUCAAACCUUUACAAUUGGCAGGUCGAUUGCCUUCGGGUGGAUGGUGUCCUACAGCGAAGAAAUCUUGUUUAUUGUGCUUCUACAAGUGCUGGUAAGAGUUUUGUUGCUGAGAUUUUAAUGCUGCGGAGGGUGAUACUAACUGGAAAAAUGGCGUUACUUGUUCUCCCAUAUGUAUCAAUAUGUGCAGAAAAGGUUACUUUUACUGGCCAACACCUUGAACGUCUCCUAGAGCCGCUUGGUAAACAUGUUCGUAGUUAUUAUGGAAACCAAGGUGGUGGAACACUUCCUAAAGAUACUUCUGUAGCUGUCUGCACAAUAGAGAAGGCAAACUCUCUAAUUAAUAGAUUAUUAGAAGAGGGUCGUCUGUCAGAAAUGGGAAUUAUCGUGAUUGAUGAACUGCAUAUGGUUGGUGAUCCCAGAAGAGGUUAUCUUCUAGAACUUAUGUUGACAAAGCUUCGUUAUGCAGCAGGGGAAGGUAUUCCAAAAUCAAGUGAUGGAGAAAGUUCAGCUGGAAGCAGUGACAAGGCUGAUCCUGCACAAGGUCUGCAAAUUGUUGGAAUGAGUGCAACAAUGCCAAACGUUGCAGCAGUUGCUGACUGGCUUCAAGCAGCACUAUACCAGACAGAGUUCCGGCCAGUUCCACUAGAAGAAUAUAUAAAAGUUGGUAAUUCCAUUUACAACAAAAAUAUGGAACUUUCUAGAACAAUCUCAAAAAAUGCUGACCUUGGAGGUAAAGAUCCAGAUCAUGUUGUUGAACUAUGUAAUGAGGUUGUUCAAGAGGGACAAUCAGUGUUAAUAUUUUGCUCUAGCCGAAAAGGUUGUGAAUCAACUGCAAGGCACAUAGCGAAGUUCCUUAAAAGCUUCACUGUUGAUGUUAAUGAUUGUGAAUUUGUUGAUAUUACUUCUGCUAUUAAGUCCUUGGGAAAGUGCCCUGCUGGGUUGGACCCCGUAUUAGGGGAAACCCUUCCUUCUGGUGUUGCAUUUCAUCAUGCUGGCCUUACGGUUGAGGAAAGAGAGAUUGUUGAAACCUGUUAUCGGAAGGGUCUUUUACGUGUCCUAACUGCCACAUCAACCUUAGCAGCUGGGGUAAAUCUGCCAGCCAGAAGAGUAAUUUUCCGGCAACCUAGAAUUGGUUGUGAUUUUCUAGAUGGGACUAGGUACAAACAGAUGGCUGGUCGGGCUGGUCGAACUGGAAUUGAUACAAAAGGAGAAAGUAUCCUUAUCUGUAAACCAGAAGAAGUAAAAAAAGUUACAGGCCUUCUUAAUGAAAGCUGUUCUCCAUUACAUUCUUGUUUAUCAGAAGACAUGAAUGGAAUGACUCAUGCAAUCUUAGAAGUAGUGGCUGGAGGAAUUGUUCAAACUGCUAGUGAUAUUAAUCGAUAUGUUAGAUGUACACUUUUGAAUUCUACAAAACCAUUUCUAGAUGUGGUAAAAUCUGCUCAAGAAUCCCUCCGAUGGUUGUGCCAAAAAAAAUUUCUUGAAUGGAAUGAAGACACUAAACUGUACAGUACUACACCUCUUGGACGAGCAUCUUUUGGCAGUUCUCUUUGUCCAGAAGAAUCACUUGUUGUGUUAGCUGAUCUUUCAAGGGCAAGGGAAGGAUUUGUCCUUGCAUCUGACUUGCAUUUAGUUUACUUGGUGACACCAAUCAAUGUUGAUGUUGAGCCCGAUUGGGAAUUGUUCUAUGAGCGUUUUGUUAGAUUGUCUCCUCUUGACCAGUCAGUUGGCAAUCGAGUAGGUGUGACGGAACCAUUCUUGAUGCAUAUGGCACAUGGCGCACCACUACGUGCUUCAAACAAGUCAAGACAUAAUACAAGAUCAUUGCACAAUCAACGAAGAAACCAACUUGGGAUUUCCAAUGCAACAACCAACUAUGAUGAUCAAACACAUCGUGUUUGUAGAAGAUUCUAUGUUGCUCUCAUUUUGUCACUUCUAGUUCAGUAUAAUGGGACUGUUGUUAAGCUGCGCUUGUACAAGAUUAAUUACACUUGGGAAAUUCCUGUGGGUGACGUUUGUGAAGCCUUCAAAGUUGCCAGGGGAAUGGUUCAAUCGUUGCAAGAGAAUGCUGGUAGGUUUGCUUCUAUGGUUGCUGUGUUUUGUGAGAGACUUGGAUGGCAUGAUCUUGAAGGCUUAGUUGCUAAGUUUCAAAAUCGUGUAUCAUUUGGAGUUAGAGCAGAGAUUGUAGAACUGACCACCAUUCCCUAUGUUAAAGUAAGCUCUAAGCUCACUCAAGGUUCUCGAGCCAGAUCACUCUAUAAAGCAGGUUUACGUACACCUCUUGCAAUUGCUGAAGCAUCCAUUCCGGAGAUAGUAAAAGCGCUUUUCGAAUCCUCAUCUUGGGGCACAGAAGGCUCUGCACAAAGGAGCUUACAAUUUGGUGUAGCAAAAAAGAUAAAGAAUGGUGCUCGCAAGAUUGUUCUUGAUAAUGCGGAGGAGGCUAGUAAAGCUGCUUUCUCAGCCUUUAAGUCUCUUGGGUUCAGUGUCCCACAGUUCGCUCCUCGCAUAUUAUCUACUGCUACUCGUGAUUCUAGCAGACAGGAAGCUGAAAGUACCUCUGGAAGUGACACAACUGACUCUAAUCAUAGUUUUGUUGAUACAAAUCACAUUAAUAAAUCUAAAAAAUUUACUUCAGAUAAAGAAAGAGAAGACCUAAUAAAAUUAUCUGUUAAUGCUUCUCUGGCUUUUGUGGAAGGAAAAUCAAGCAGCAGGAUGCUAUGUAGCUUGUCCACCGUUCCAGUUGUAGGAUCUACAAUAGAGGAGCACAAUGGGAGUUUUGACCAUGCUAAAAAUCCAGACAUGUCCAACCUCUCUGCUCAAUUACAGAAACCAAAUGGUAAAUCUGGUGUACAUGAUGGGUGCCAUGCACGCUGCACAGAGGAACAUCGGAAUGAAAAUUUGGCUAGUGAUAAUGCUGGUAGUUCCAGCCAGAAAGGCCCCAUUAACGCAGUUAAUAGUCCUGGUGGGCUUGACUCAUUUCUAGAUAUAUGGGACACUAUGCCAGAGUUCUACUUUGAUAUCCAUUAUAUCAAACGAUUGGAGUUGCACUCUGCUGCCCCAUUUGAAAUACAUGGCUUAGCCGUUUGUUGGGGAAACUCUCCCGUGUAUUAUGUUAAUAUUCCCAGAGAUAUUCUUUGUUCUGACAAUCGGAAAGAUGACUAUUUAUCCUUGAGUGCAUGCAGUAACAAGCAGAAAGUUUCAUCUUCUAAGUCUAACCAAGAUUUAGAGAUUGCUAGAUAUAGGUGGAGUAGAAUUAGUAAAAUAAUGGGGAAAAGUAAUAUCAGAAAGUUCACAUGGAAUUUGAAGAUUCAGAUUCAGGUGCUGAAAAGGCCUGCAUUUCCAGUUCAGAGACUCGGAUGUUCGGACAGACUUGGAAAAAGUGUAGACCUUGAAGUUGUAGACAAUUCUUACUUUUUAUUGCCCCCAGUCCAUGUUAAGGAUGCAGUUGAUCUAUGCAUUGUGGCUUGGAUUCUUUGGCCUGAUGAAGAGAGUAGCUCUACUCCAAACCUGGAUAAGGUGGUAAAGAAACGGUUAUCCUCUGAGGAUGCUGCAGUGGCCAAUCAGAGUGGCAGGUGGAGGAAUCAGAUGCGAAGGGCUGCACAUAAUGGUUGUUGCCGUCGGGUUGCUCAAACACGAGCAUUAUGUUCUGUUCUUUGGAAAUUACUUGUUUCUGAAGAACUUGCUGAAGUACUUAUGGAAAUAGAAAUUCCAUUGGUAAGAAUUGAUGAAGCUUUGUUAUGUACUACAGAUGAGUGCACAGUUAGUGCUGAAAGUUACCAGAUUAGGGAAAGGAAUCAAGAAAAAAAGGUAAAUGUUCUUGCUGAGAUGGAGAUUUGGGGAAUUGGUGUUGAUUUGGAGAGAUGCAUCCAGGCUCGUAAAUUAUUGGUUAAAAGACUCAGGCAUCUUGAGAAGGAAGCUUAUAAACUGGCUGGGAGGACAUUUUCUUUAAAUAUGCCAGCAGAUAUUGCAAAGGUGCUGUAUGAACACUUGAAACUGCCCAUACCUUCUGUGCGAAAUAAGGGAAAACAACAUUUGAGUACUAGCAAGCAUUGCUUGGAUGCACUGAGUAUUUUGCCACUCCUAGUUUGCAAAUCAAAGUCCACACCUCUAGAUUCAUAUUGCACACAGAUCUCCACUGUCUUUGAUUUUAACCUCUACAAAAGGCAUGAACAUCCCAUAGUUCCUGUCAUUAAAGAACAUCGAACAAUGGCAAAGCUGUUAAACUCUACGUUAGGAUCAAUUUGUUCUUUGGCUAGGCUAUCUGUUAGCACACAGAAGUAUACAUUACAUGGUCAUUGGCUCCAGACAUCUACGGCAACUGGUCGACUUUCAAUGGAGGAACCUAAUCUUCAGUGUGUUGAGCAUACGGUAGACUUCAAAAUGAAAGAAGAGGAAAAUGAAGGUGAUGCUGACGAGAGUUAUUGUAGAGUUAAUGCUCGUGAUUUGUUUGUUCCCACUCAGUCCAUUGAUCAUCUUUUUGGUGGAACGGGUCUAAGCUCGUGUCAUCCCAUUUUGAACAUACUAGAGGUGGAACGAGCCAAGGUGCCACCCUGUUUAAGGCAGAAAAAACAAUCACUCUCUGUUACUGGAUCGCUGGCCCUGGUUUUGGAAGACACUGGCCUGAUUUCGAUUGACUCUUCACUUGUUGAACUUCUCAGUAAGCCUGAUGGUGAUGUCUUUACAAUGAUAGCAGCAAGAUGGACUGGGUGUUCGGAGGUCUCUGUGGGUUCUCAAGAGAGAGAGCAGACCAAAAGGAUGGUAUAUGGCAUUCUUUAUGGUAUGGGUGUCAAUAGCCUUGCUGAACAACUGGAUUGCACUUCUGAUGAAGCUGCUGAAAAGAUUGCUAAUUUCAAAAGCUCUUUUCCUGGUGUUGCUUCUUGGCUUCGUGAAGCUGUUGCGUCUUGUCGUAGUAAAGGAUAUGUGGAGACUCUAAAGGGAAGAAAACGGUUUUUGUCAAAAAUAAAAUUUGGCAGCAGUACAGAAAAAUCAAAAGCUCAAAGGCAAGCUGUAAAUUCCAUUUGUCAGGGAUCUGCGGCUGACAUAAUUAAGAUUGCAAUGAUAAGAAUUUAUUCUGCAAUUGUCUCUGGAUUUGAUGGUCUUGAUUCCAGUUCUUCUGUAGAAACGAAGUUUCACAUGCUUAAAGAUCGUUGCCGGAUUCUGUUACAAGUACACGAUGAAUUAGUGUUGGAAGUUGAUCCUUCUGUGGUAAAAGAAGCGGCCCUAUUAUUACAGAGUAGCAUGGAGAAUGCAGUCUCACUUCUUGUUCCUUUGCAUGUCAAACUUAAGGUUGGAAGAACAUGGGGAUCCUUGGAGCUAUUUACCCCUGAUAAAUUCAAGGAUGACACUCUUGUCGCUGCAUCAUGA